AUGGAGGAUGUCACAUCAAGAAAACCGUGGCUUUUCGAUCUACGCUCAUCCAAGCAACUGAUCGGCCUUGCUGUAUUCUCAACCACCUUCACUGAUGGAUUCCUUUACGGGAUAAUCGUAUCCGUGCUCCCUUUCUCUUUAACCGUUCGGUCUGGAGUUCCAGAGGCUGAUGUCCCAUUUUGGACAUCAACUUCUUUGGCCGCUUUCGGUCUCGCGAUGGUAUUUGGCGCCCCGAUAGCAGGCUGGAUUGUCGGAAAAUACGAAAGACGCCAAAUACCAUUCCUGGGAGGCCUCUCUUGUGCAUUCGGUGCCACCUUUUUAUUCAUGCUUGGAGUCAAGCCAUGGGUGAUCAUCGUGGCAAGGAUUUUCCAGGGCCUAUCUGCAGGUGUUGUCUACACUGCUGGAUUAACGCUGUUGGUGGACACGAUCGAGUCGCACGAGCUGGGACUCUGGGUUGGAUUCGGACUCUCGGGCAUGAAUUUUGGCGUGCUCGUAUCACCUACUCUCGGAGGAAUUGUAUAUGAAAAAGCAGGCUUUUAUCCUGUUUUUAUCAUGGGUCUUGGCGUGGUUCUCAUCAACUUGGUCCUCAUUCUGCUCAUGAUCGACAGGAAGACUGCUGUGAAGUAUAGGGGUCACAAUGAUUCCACUGAGAGUUCCUCCCUUCCCAAUGGGAACUCGCCAAGGAGUGCAGUUGCAAAGGGAAAACGGCGACUAUCAACUGUCGAAGAAGGCGAUUCAACUAUCACCACACCGCUACUUUCGCACUGCCGCGAGACCUCGUCUGCGGUUGCGAAAGAUCCUUCUUGGUGGACUAUUGUCGGUGGUCUCCUUCGAAAUCAUCGUAUAUUUGCUGCGUUAUACGGAUGCCUCAUCAACACGAUCUUGGUGAGCGGCACGGACGCCGUCCUCCCGAUUUUUAUCAAGCAGACCUUCCACUGGGUUUCCGGUGCCACGGGGGCUAUGUUUUUAAACUUCUCCAUCCCAUCAUUGAUAUGUCCAUUGGUUGGAAUGAUCUCAUACAAGUACGGUGUCCGAUUGAUCUCCGGUCUCGGUUUUACUUUAGCAGGUGUCGCAGUCGCUCUUCUCGCCCUAAUAAAACAUGACGAUACUGCAAGCAAGGUUAUGGCGUGCGUGCUACUAUCUUUUGUUGGAAUGGGGCUAAAUACAUCGCUGAUCCCGUUGGUGGCGGAAAUACCUCGCAUUAUGAAUACCGUACAAGAGGAGCAACCUGAUAUAUACGGCGAUAAGAGUCCAGUCACCGAGGCCUAUAUGCUUCUUGGUGCGACAUUUGGCGCUGGCACUGUACUUGGCCCAUUGCUUUCAGAGCUUACGUUUGAGAAUUUGGGAUGGACUGGAUUCACCACCAUGCUGGGGUUUCUGAGUUUGUCGGCCAUAGUUCCAGUGGUUGCUGACCUCAAAAAGAUGGUACAUUUGGCCCCAAAUCCGAAAGGCCGGUAA